CUCCAGCAUCGUGAGAGGAAACCAUGCCGAAGUCAAAGAGAGACAAGAAAAUUUCGUUAACGAAAACAGCGAAGAAAGGGCUGCAGUCUAAACAGAAAUUAAUCGAGGAGUUACGGAAAUGUGUGGACACGUACAGAAACUUGUUCAUAUUUUCUGUUGCUAAUAUGAGGAACAACAAACUGAAAGAUAUCAGGACAGCAUGGAAACACAGCAGAUUCUUCUUUGGCAAAAAUAAAGUCAUGGCGAUUGCCCUGGGUAAAAGAGAAACUGACGAAUACAAAGAUAAUUUGCACAAGGUCAGCAAGUAUCUACGUGGGGAAGUGGGAGUACUAUUCACCAACAAAACAAAGGAUGAGGUACAAGAGUAUUUCGACCAUUUCAAAGAGAUGGAUUUUGCACGUUCAGGAAAUCUCGCACAGAUGGACACAACUCUAAAUGAGGGACCCCUUGAACAGUUCCCUCACUCAAUGGAGCCCCAGUUGAGACAAUUAGGACUUCCUACUGCUCUCAAGAAAGGAGUGGUGACACUGCUGAAGGAACAUGCCGUCUGUAAGGAAGGCGAUGUGCUCACUCCUGAGCAGGCUCGUAUUCUGAAACUCUUUGGCAUCGAGAUGGCAGAAUUCAAGGUGCAGAUCAAAUGUAUGUGGAACUCAGAAACCGUCGAGUUUGAGAACAUUGCUGGUAAAGAAGUGACCAUGGAGGAUGAAGAGGAAGAUGACGACGAAGAUGAUGUCGAAUGAAACAUCUAAGGCAGAAGUCGUUUUUGCUGGCUUUCAACAGCAGAGAGACCUUAAUGUGGAAACCAGUCAAUCACCCUGACUGCCAUCUCUCUCCUGUCCUAUUUUUCACCCCAAAACAUGAACAUCUGUCCUUCACCUUGAAUAUAGCUUUGGAUUGAGUUGUUCAGUAAACUGGGGACCGGAGUUAAAAGUUUUUACAUGUAAUCAUAUGGAUGCCACUAGUUUUGGUAAUGAACAUAAUGUUUGUAUUGCAUGCAAGUAUUUUGCCAUUCAGCCAAAACAAAUGAGUACAUGUCCAUGUGUUAAACCAACCCAUUAUAAGUAAGAAAAAUCACAGAAAAUGUGAAAGUGUUUUCAUUUUAGGCAAACGUUAUUUUUUACUUGAGAAACAUCUUGAAAGUAUUAAUUUUUACAUUUGUACAUUAACAAUGAAGUGCUUUUGACAAUA